GCGGCACGAUGGUGACGUCGCCGACAACGGCUGAAGAUAUCGCAAAGCAGUGCGAAGCCGUUCCUCCGAAUUUAGCGGACCUGAUUCGAAAAUACCCCGAGAUUUUCCUGGACGACCUGCCAACUGGACUUCCACCGAGCCGACCAGAAGACCAUCGCAUCGAGUUGGAACCAGGCGCCAAACCGACAGUACAGCGACAAUUUCGGCUCAGCCAACCAGAACUGGAAGAAUUGCAGCAGCAGCUGGAUUACCUUCUGACAAAGGGUUUUUUCAGGCCUAGAACGUCCCCAUACGCCGCCCUGAUACUGUUCACCCCGAAGAAGGAUGGAGGAUUCCGAAUGUGCAUCGACUACCGCGCACUCAACAGGAUCACAAUCAAGUCGCGUUACCCGAUCCCACGAGCCGACGACCUACUCGACCAACUUCGCGGAGCCAAGUUCUUCUCGAAAAUCGACUUGCGAGGAGGUUACCAUCAAAUUCGCAUCGCCGCCGAAGAUUGUCACAAAACUGCUUUUCGAACCCGCUACGGCAGCUACGAAUACCUGGUGAUGCCCUUUGGCCUCACGAACGCGCCCUCGACCUUCCAUAUGACCAUAAACGGUGUUUUCAAGGAACUCUUGGAUAAAUUUGUUAUUAUCUACCUCGACGGCAUACUAAUCUACAACCGCAGCAGGGAACAGCACUUACAGGAUCUUGAUGCAGUCUUCAUACUGCUGCACAAGAAUCGCCUCAUCACGAAAGGGUCUAAGUGCGACUUUCUUAAGCAGGAGUUGGAGUUUUUGGGCCACAUCGUUUCUACCGAAGGAGUGAAAAUCGACCCCAAGAAAAUCAAGACCAUACAGGAGUGGAAGCCGCCGACCAACAUCAAGGAGUUGCAGAGUUUUUUGGGUUUCGUCAACUACGUCCGCCGAUUUAUCCACAAUAUGGCCGGGUUAUCUGCCCCACUUACCGACCGACUCAAGGAUCACGUUUGUUUUUGGUGGGGAGAGAAGCAGCAAGCUUCAUUUGACCAACUGAAGAUCGCCCUCACGUCGCCGCCCGUUCUUCGCAUCUCCGAUCCUGACCGUCCAUACGAAGUCAUCACCGACGCCAGCAACAUUGCCAUCGGCUCAGUUCUCCUACAGGAUUUCGGCGACGGGUUACAGCCAGUCACCUACGAAUCACGGAAGCUACAAUUACAGCCGAGCAAACUGCCCAACGGUUCAUCGCCAACGUCAUCCGGCUGCACGGACUGCCCACCGCAAUUAUUUCAGACCCGAGACCCGAAAUUCACAUCGAAUUUCUGGCGCCACCUGUGGGACCAGUUUGGCACCAAAAUGCAGUUUUCCUCCGCCUACCACCUACAGACCGACGGGCAGACCGAACAGGUUAACCAAACUAUAGAGCAGCUCAUUCGGACUACCUGUACUGACCCCCAGACAUGGGAGAAAUCCCUUCCGCUACUGGAAUUCGCGUAUAAUAACGCGCCAUCACCCACAACCCAUCAGUCCCCGUUUUUCCUCAACUACAGACAGGACCCAGUGUGAAUCGAUGGUGCAUGUGCUAU